GCAGUGCCUCUGCACCCCAGAGUGAGGAGGACACAGGGGUCAGAGGUGGCUGCAGGGCGGGCAGAGGAGGGACCUGCCGAGGGGGUGGGCUGGCGGCCUGGUGGCCUGGAAACAGUCAGGAAGGGAAGCCAGCUGGUGACAAGAGAGCCCAGCGGCGUCUGGGGCUGCGAGGAGAGCCCAGAAGACUGCAGCCAUGCCUCACAGCUCCGACAGCAGCGACUCCAGCUUCAGCCGCUCCCCCCCUCCUGGCAAACAGGACUCGUCUGACGAUGUGCGGAAAGUUCAGAGGAGGGAGAAAAAUCGCAUUGCUGCCCAGAAGAGCCGGCAGAGGCAGACACAGAAAGCCGACACCCUGCACUUGGAGAGUGAAGACCUGGAGAAACAGAACGCGGCUCUGCGCAAGGAGAUCAAGCAGCUCACAGAGGAGAUGAAGUACUUCACGUCGGUGCUCAGCAGCCACGAGCCCCUGUGCUCGGUGCUGGCGGCCAGCGCGCCCUCGCCCCCCGAAGUGGUGUACAGCGCCCACGCCUUCCACCAGCCUCACGUCAGCUCCCCGCGCUUCCAGCCCUGAGCUUUUCCAGAGAUGGGGGAGAGCAGAGCCGACACCCCCGGUCCCCGGCUGCUCCGCAGGCCUCAGGAGGGGCACACAGACUGUGGCCAGGUGGCCCUCGUCCCCCAGAGGCCUCUCUCCACCUGGAGAGGCGGAGACAGGGGCCUUGACAAGGACUGAACACAGGACUGAGUAAGAAGUGGGUGAGGCCUCCCAGCUGGCUGGCAGCCCCUGGGCGCGUGCUGGACCCCAUGCGGGUGGGAGGCCCAACCCAGAGUUGUGCCAGGUGUACCGCACAAAAGCCACAGCAUGAAAGAGAGGACGCAGGGAAAGGUUAUUUUUCUAAAUAAAUGUCUUAGAAAGAAACCCGUCUGGCAAGGCCGUUUCCCUGGAAACCGUAAACUCUAUGGGGCUGGGGUCUUUUUUUGUUCUUGGCCUUAAGAGCCCUUAAAAGCCUGGAGACCCCACUAAUAUCUCUCCUUUUCCAUCGUUUGUUAAUCUACUUGGUGAGCUGGGGUUUUCAAAGACCCUUCAAUCCUCCCUCAAGCCAUCUUCUUGAUUUCCCUCCCCAAUCACCUCACCAGGACCUCCCCUUCCAUUCCUCAUGGCCCCCCACUUCCUAGAUUGUCAGUGGGUCAUUCUCUAGUCAUGGAGAAGGACCAGGACAAGAUGCCAUUCACCACAACCAUCGUUCCAGUUGAUUCUCCCACGUCCCACCCACACAAUGACACUUCCUCAGCUCCGUCCAGCAGCCAGCCCUGCCGGUGCGGCGUGCCAGGAUGGUGCCAGUCCCUGGUCACACAAGGGCAACCCCUCACGUAAGGCAGUGCUUUCCUCAUGCCCUCAUGGGGCAACGUGUGGCUUAGGGUCACAGGCACGUUCCUGCCGAUGGGUCCGCAUGUCCUGCUGAAGACCUCCCCGGGAGCUGUGGAAGAGCACAUGUGGGCCUGUGUCCAUGAGGCUCCGCAGGCCCCCGCUUUGAGCACAGUUGGAGGGUAACACAGGGUCGUCUUCAGAACUUCAGAUUCACAGUAUUGGCUGAGCCUGACACCAGAGUGCUCCGGUCCCCCGCUCCGGUGUCCCCCAGCUCCUCAGAGACCCCCCAGGCCGAGUGCCUACUGGCCUGCAUGCUCCACACCCCUGCCCAAGAGCAAUGCAGGGCCCCCACACACAGCCCCUGCUGAGCCAGCUGGGGACAAAACCGACAGGGAUGGCCAUGGGAGGCGCCUGAUUCAGCCCCUACAGCAGCUACCCUCUGUCUCAUCCCUUGGUCCUUCAAAGGGACGGCCACUGCCCACUGCCUCCCUGACGGCAGCCGUCGGGCACAUGGUGGCCAGAUGGAAAGGAGGGAAGCAGGGCGGGUUCCCUGGGGAGCAGGGCGGGUUCCCUGUGCUAGAACCUCCUCAACCUGUGGGUCAACAGUUCUGGUUGGUUUGAGAUAAGGUCUCAACUCUAGACCCUCUCCUACCCAAGUCUCCCUGCCUCGUGGAAGUAUGCCUGCAUUAAGCUAGUGGAGUGAUUUUCAACCUGUGUGCCAUGAGAAUUUUUAAAACAUGCAAUACCUGACUAUUUUAGUCAGGGG